UCGUUUCAAACGUGUUUCGGUGCUUAAAAAAAAGAACUAAAAUCUUUGUGAUAAGUUCAAAAGUGAAUAUUUCUUAGAGAAAAUGAAAUGGAAUUCGUCAUCAUUUUUGGAAAAUCGAACUUUCGACCAGCGCUUAGUCAAAGAGAACCUUGUCGACAAAUGGAACAUUUACGGUGACAUCUACAAAACACGUACUGACUAUCGACAAUUUUUGGAAUCUUAUCCAUGGAUAAAGCAAUAUGCGGCAACAGCAUCAGAAACAAAUGUAGAUCCAAUAAAUGCUAUACGAUCGGGAAUGCUCUAUCAGGUGCCGCAUCAUCAUCCAUGGCCAGAGUCAAAUGCUUUGGGCGAAGCACCGACAACGAGUCAAGUGUUGGACACGAAUUUUGCACCAACCGAUCUCUCGCGGGAGCCAUUACAAUUUCCGAAUCUCGUAAAUGGUUUCGAACGAAAUCCAGAGCAUGCGGCUCGCUCGGCCCUGUACACACGAUACACACCGGCCGAAUGGCAUAAAUCUUGUAUGAAACUGUACACGGAUUCCGAUGUUAAUCGACAACAAUCUGAAAGACUUCGUAACGAUGCGGUUCGUUUAAUACGACAAACAGCAGAAAAGACUGUACAAGGUCAACGCGAAGCGGGACGACGGUUGGGCGAACGAUUAACUGAUCUCACAUUUUGGCGCAAUGAACUAAGCAUUGAAUUGGAAAAAGUCAUAGCCGAGUAUUCACUGUUGGCCGAUAUGAAACGGCGAACGGUCAAAGCACUAGAAGAUCUAGAUCCUCCACUGAAAGUGGCUGAAGAGUGCUUAUAUUUUCGAGAGAAUCGACAGGGAGUCGAAAAAGUACAUGAUAUUGUCGAAAAAACGCUACUGAACGAAGUACAAAAUUUGAGAGCAUCUCAGGAAAAAUUAAAACUAUGUUUGGAACAGAUUAAUAAAUUACUAUCGGAAUUGCGUAGUACACAACAUUCGCUGGAAGAGGAUAUCAUUUAUAAAGAGAAUACACUCGGUAUCGAUACCAUAUGCCAUAAAUUGAACAAUUAUAGUCGUGGUAUUAAUUAUUAUAGUGGCAUUGAAAAGUACGAUCCGACUGUAAGCACUAUUGAAAUGUGGACACAAGCCAGUAGUGUUCGAAUUAAUAAAUCGCAAUCGGUUCGUGCCUCGUCGGCACAGCUAAGAAGUUCAGCUGAAGCAUUGAUCAAUAGUAUCAAUAGCGCUGUUUGGAGUGCCUGGAACGACAGCAAUAAUGCAUUGAAUAAACGCGCUUCGGACAUGUGUGAGGCAAAGAAUGCAAUUCAACUCCAUUUGCAUAAAACGCAACAGGAAAUAUUUGAUAUUGAGCGUAACAUCGAUUUAAUACGAAAAUCGAUUCAGGAUAAAUCAAAUCCAUUGCGUGUUGCACAAACACGACUAGAGGCUCGCGGUCAUCGAGCGGGAAUUGAACAAUGCAAAGAUUUCGCCCACGUUUCAUUGGUUCAUGAAAUUGGAGAAAUUCAGGAUUCCGUCACGGUGCUGCAUCGAAAAUUACAAGAGGCUGAGUCACAACAUCAACAACUUCUCAAAAUAAAAUCAAAUCUUGAGGCCGAUUUGAAGAGGAAAGUUAAUGCGUUGUUCAUCGAUCGCGAAAAAUGUUGUGGAAUUAGACGAUGUUUUCCGGUUGAAAGUUUGAUGAAAUACUAGAGAAAAAAAUGAUUUAGAUUUAAAACGGAUUGAGGUUUAUUUAUUUAUUC